CGAGAUCGUUUAAGGAUUAUUCAUGCAAAAAUAAUUUCAAAUUACAAAUUGCAUAAUCAUUUGAUUAAUAAUGUGGUAAUUAACAUUUAAAUAACUAAACGACUUUCAAUUUGAUUUAUUUUUUAUCGAGAUAAUCUUUAAACGAUGACCUAAAAAUAGACCACUCCGAUUAACAGAUGUGAGAAAGUUGAAUAGAAGAAGGUGAAAAAUUAGGCAAAAAAAAGUAGGAGGUGAAAAUACUGCACACUGUUGACAUUUGACAGACUUGAACAAAAAUGAUCAUAGAGAGGAGGGAUUGGAAAAAAAAAACAAAAAAGGAAAAAUUGUUGGUCAGAAGAAUAAAAUAGAAAAAAACUCAUAUUUUGAUUAUGUCGAAUAAAAUUCCUCUCUCUCUCUCUCUCUCGCUCUCGAGUAUGCAGAGUCUGCACUAUAUGUAUGUCUCCGUUACUCCCUCAUUUCUGUUGUGUGUGUUCUGUGUUGAACGUGCAGUUGAGCAGUUGUGCAGGUGAGUUGCAGAGAAUUUCACAAACCUCACAUCACACCCUUCAGAACCCAUUUCAAACUUCAAGCUCUCAUCUUUUUUCACUCACCAAGAUCGCCAUGGAACUCUGUUUCAAUCCAAACCCAAAACCCAUUUCACCUUCGCCCUCACUUUCCCGCUAAAUGCCCCAAACCCACCACCAUGAUAGGCCAACCUCACCAACCCCACACUGCUUCAGUUUCACCCGCUUGCUUCUUUCACUGAAAACCCAUCAUUUCACUCUCUCUCACUCACUCACUCUCACUCUCCAAUUUCCACUCUUUUGAGUCAAUGGCCUCCACAAACUCAACCCCAACAGACCCAUCUCUCUCCCAAGACGACAUAGCCGCCAGGGCCCUCAACAAGCGCUACGACAGUCUGGUCACUGUUCGAACAAAGGCCAUAAAGGGCAAAGGAGCUUGGUACUGGGCUCAUUUGGAACCCAUUCUCAUUCGCAACCCCAACACCAACCUCCCCAAGGCUGUCAAGCUAAAGUGCUCGCUCUGCGACGCCGUUUUCUCCGCUUCAAACCCGUCCAGAACCGCCUCUGAGCAUCUCAAACGGGGUACUUGUCCGAAUUUCGCCUCUGUUUUGAGACCCAAUUCAUCGGUUUCGCCGGUUCCGAUAUCUUCCUUGCCUUCUCCGUCUUCGCACAAUCACAGAAAGCGAAGCUCUCAAAUGGGUACUGUUCCUUGUCCUAUUUCUCAUGCUCCUCAUCAUACCAGUUCUACUUCGAUACAGGUUCAUUCUUUAGCUAUGAUCGAGUCUUCCCGCUAUUGCGGUGAACAUAAUUACUCACAAUCUCCAAACCCAGUUGGGAUUGCUACUAGUACGGGGCCAAAUCAGCAGCAUGUGGGGUUAUCGGGUGGGAAACAUGAUUUGGGUGCUUUGGCAAUGCUAGAAAAUAGUGUGAAGAAACUUAAGAGCCCCAAAACGUCUCCUGGUGCCACGCUUAGUAAGGAGCAGAUUGAUUCUGCACUUGAAUUACUGUCUGAGUGGUUCUACGAGUCAUGCGGGUCGGUUUCGUUUUCGAGCCUCGAGCAUCCCAAGUUCAGGGCUUUCCUUAACCAGGUGGGCUUGCCUGCACUGUUACAGCGUGAGCUCUCGGGUGCUAGGCUUGAUGCAAAGUUUGAUGAGGUCAAAGCUGAGUCAGAAGCUAGGAUCAGAGAUGCAAUGUUUUUUCAAGUUGCUUCUGAUGGGUGGAAAAGCAAGAAUCCUUGUGGGGAAGAAAACAUGGUUACAUUCAUGGUUAAUCUUCCCAAUGGGAUUAGUGUUUUCCAAAAGGCAGUGUUUACUGGUGGGUCAGUUUCGUCAAAAUAUGCAGAGGAGGUAUUGUGGGACUCAGUUACUGGUAUAUGUGGGAAUGCUGUGCAGCGUUGCGCGGGGAUAGUUGCAGACAAGUAUAAGGCCAAGGCAUUGAGGAACUUGGAGAUUCAGAAUCAUUGGAUGGUGAACGUGUCCUGUCAGCUUCAGGGGUUCAUUACUUUGAUUAAGGAUUUUAACAAAGAGCUUCCACUCUUCAGGGUUGUCACUGAAAAUUGCUUAAAGGUUGCGAAUUUUGUAAAUAGCACCUCUGAGGUUAGGCAUGCUUUUGAGAAGUACAAGAUGCAGGAACUUGAGUAUGCUGGGUUGCUCCAAGUUCCUUCACCCAAAUGUGAUACUUCAAAGAACUUUGCACCUGUUUAUGCAAUGCUGGAGGAUAUAUUGAGCUGUGCCCGCAUACUCCAAAUGGUCGUCUUGGAUGAUUGCUAUAAGGUUAUAUGUGUGGAAGAUCCAAUUGCCAAGGAAGUUGGAGGGAUGAUUCAAAGUGAAGGAUUUUGGAAUGAAUUAGAGGCAGUUUAUUCACUAGUUAAGCUAAUCAGAGGGAUGGCUCAGGAGAUUGAGGCUGAGAGGCCAUUAAUUGGGCGAUGCCUCCCCCUUUGGGAAGAGUUGAGAACAAAAGUAAAGGAUUGGUGUGCCAAGUUCAGCAUUGCUGAAGGACCAAUUGAGAAAGUAGUUGAAAAACGAUUCAGAAAGAACUACCACCCAGCAUGGUCAGCUGCAUUUAUACUUGACCCACAAUACUUGAUGAGGGACACUAGUGGAAAGUACCUUCCACCAUUCAAGUUCUUGACGCAUGAGCAGGAGAAGGAUGUAGAUAAGCUCAUUACCAGGUUGGUUUCCAGGGAAGAAGCUCAUGUUGCAUUAAUGGAGCUCAUGAAAUGGAGAACAGAAGGAAUGGACCCGCUUUAUGCUCAGGCUGUUCAGGUUAAACAGCGAGAUCCUGUAACUGGAAAGAUGAAAAUGGCAAACCCGCAGAGCAGUAGACUUGUGUGGGAAACUUGUCUAAGUGAGUUAAAGACACUGGGGAGAGUUGCAGUGAGACUUAUCUUCCUCCAUGCAACCUCAUGUGGAUUUAAGUGCAAUUGGUCUUUCAUGAAAUGGAUGUGUGUACAUAGGCACUCAAGGGUAGGCCUGGAAAGGGUACAGAAGAUGAUAUUCAUUGCAGCUCAUGCCAAACUUGAAAGAAGGGAUCUCUCUAAUGAGGAAGAAAAGGAAGCAGAGCUGUUUGCAACUGCAGACGUUGAGGAUGACAUGCUGACUGAGGUCUUUUCGGAUGCACCCACAGUAAUGGGGUUGCUUGAACCGGUUGUGUGGAUGGCAAACCAGGCUUGAGUCAUCACAUGGGUCAACCUUGUAAGAACAUGAGAGCGAAUCUUUGUACCCAAAGACGCACUUCUCACGGAUUAAACUAGGCAUAUCUGCUGGUAUAUCAGUUUCUGAAAUUGAAGAGCCCACCAUGAGAAGUGGGAAUCCAUCUCAGUGCUUUAGUUGUCAUGGUCAACAAAAAGUAAGAUUUAAGUUUUGCACAGUUAUCAGUUAGGCCUGCCAUGAUUGCUAAAAAGUCUUGAGCAAAAUGGAAGCAAGGAGGGUUGUCGCCAAGAGGAGGUGCAUAAGAUGGCUGAAAGGGAUAUUGCAACGAACUUGAACUGAAUUUGCAUGUAAAUCUCGGCUAGUAAUGUUGACUACAAAAAAUAGGGAACUGAUAUGAGCUGUGUGUAUAUACACAUGUAUUUCAUUAGUGGUUGAACUGAAUUCUGCAAAGUGGAUUCAGGCAACCUGGUUCUUGGCUCUAGCAGGUGAUACAUUCAAAUUUAAUUACUCAUGCUUUUCGUGAAUUAUAGGAAAUAAUGAUACAUGGGAGAUGUACAAAAACAGAAGUGUUCCAAGUUUUGGAGAAGUAUUACACUUGAUGAUGCAGUUUCAAAUUGUAAACUUAGUUGAGUUUUUUCAAAAAGUAGUUUGAAUGAGCAGAAAAAUGUGGAAAAUACCAAGUUGGUAUGUAAAUGAAGCAGGGUUUUCACUUUAUGGUUGAGUGUAGUUAGUGGAGGAGUAGUUUCUGCUAAUUUUACCAUUGAUUUUGGUUUGCUACUCAAUUUAGCGGAUCCUGUCGGCAAGGCCAGGCAAUACUGACUGCUCACCAACUAGAAGGGAAAGGGAAGCACUUUUUUCACUUGUAUAGUAUGGGAUUCAUUGUUCACUCCACUCAUGUGUUUGUUAAAGGUAAAGUAGAUAGAAUGAUUAGUAUAGGACAACACUCUUUUCUACAAGAAUCUUCACACUUUCAAUGCUCCUCCAUAAUUAGCUUUCUUUAUAUCUCAUCUCCCCUCUCUUUUUAUCUUUCCACUUAAUACUGCUCUUGAUUGUUUUUGAAUUUUUGAACCCCCUAUGAUCCAAUCCGUGUACAUGAGGUGAGUUGAUAUGAAUUUUGGUAGGUAUUUAUUGAUUGUGGCCCUUCUUUGCCUUGUAUUUAUUGUAUUUUUGGUACCUUACUUUCAUCAGGAAACAAGAAGAGUUUUCUUUCUUUGUUUGUGUUACAUUUUGUUGUGGUUCAUCAAUAAUUGAGAAAGCUCACACAGAAAAGUGAGAAACUUGGUCAUCAUAAUAUAAUACUGAUCAUUGAAUUUCGAUUUAUGCAGAGAUACAGAUCAUUUCUUAAUCCAAGU